AACUCACCAACGACACCCUUCCCUCUCUAUCUCCUCCCCAGCAUCCCAUUCCGCCGGCGUCGAAGCUCCGCAAUAUCCACAUCAACAGCAUCCACCGCCUCGCCAUCCGCUUCCCCGCCACAGCCGACCUCGUUCCUCUCCAACAACCCAACCUCGCAUCUCCGCUGCCAGAAAUGCCUCACAGACCUGAUCCCCACAUCCUCAAUCAUAAGCAAAGGCUUCACCGGCCGCCACGGCCGCGCCUACCUCGUUGCGCCACCACCACCAUCCACCAUCCUCGCAGGCGGCGCGCUGGCCGCACCGCAGUGGACAAAAGACGACCUGCCAAACACGCUCACGCACAAACCUGCGCCGCGCCAACUAGUCACAGGCGCACACACGGUGUCUGAUAUUAGUUGCCGGAGCUGCGGCGUCGUGUUGGGCUGGAAGUACGUCGAAGCCGAGGAAGACAGCCAGAAGUACAAGGUUGGGAAAUUCAUACUGGAAACGAAGAGGGUGGUCAAGGGCGCUGAGUGGGAGUCCAGGGACCUUGUACCGCAGGAGGAAGAGGGACAGCAGGGCAGGGCAGUAGAGGACAAGGAGGACGAGGAUAUCCAGUUUGAUUCGCAGGACGAAGAGGAGUGCGAGGACCUUUUUAGCGGGAUUUGGAGCCCCCAGCUCGCCAGGCGGAGGAGGAAGAAUCGCGCUUUUGGA